AUGGCUCUUUCCUCACACACUACUGAGACCCAUCAGGUGCAAAGAGCAUGGUGGAAAGAAGCCAGUGUAUACCAGAUCUACCCAUCUUCAUUCAAAGACUCGAACGGCGAUGGUUUCGGUGACCUCGGCGGUAUCAUCGAGAAAUUGGACUACAUUAAAGCCCUCGGAGUCGACAUCGUCUGGUGUUGCCCCAUUUACAAGAGCCCUCAAAUCGACAUGGGCUACGAUAUUGCCGACUACAAAGACAUCGAUUCAAGAUACGGAACCAUGGAAGAUGUUGACCACUUGAUUGAUGGAUUGCAUCAAAGAGGCCUCAAAUUCUUGAUGGACUUGGUCGUCAAUCACACUUCUGAUCAACACGAAUGGUUUCAACAGUCUCGAUCAUCCAAGACCAACGCAUAUCGCGACUGGUACAUCUGGCGCGAUCCCAAGUACGACAGCAAAGGCAACCGCCAACCUCCCAAUAACUGGAGCUCAUACUUCAGUGGCAGUGCUUGGGAGUACGACGAGCCUUCAAAUCAAUACUACCUUCAUCUCUUCGACAAAACACAGCCAGAUCUCAAUUGGGAGUGUGAUGAUAUGCGCGCUGCAGUCUACGAGACCGUGCGUUGGUGGCUCGACAAAGGCGUCGAUGGAUUCCGUCUCGAUGUCAUCAAUCUCAUCAGUAAGGAUCAGUCUUUCCCCAAUGCCACAGUCACAGACCCCAGCCAAUCAUAUCACCAUGGCUGCAAACACUACGCCAAUGGACCUCGUAUCCACGAGUAUCUUCAAGAGUUGGGUGGUAUACUGGACGAAUACAAUGCGUUCUCUGUUGGCGAGAUGCCAUGGGUCAGCGAUCCUGAGGAGAUUCUCAAAUGUGUCGGCUAUGACAGAAAAGAGUUGAACAUGAUCUUCAACUUCGAUAUGGUCGACAUGGACCACGGACCCAGUGGAAAAUUCAGCCCAAAAGACUGGCAAAUGUCAGACCUGAAGGACCUCGUCUCAAAGUGGCAGAGUUUCAUGUACGGCAAUGGCGGUUGGAACGCCCUCUACCUUGAGAACCAUGAUCAACCCAGAACAGUAUCCCGAUGGGCCUCUGACAGCCCCGAGCACCGAACCUUGGCAGCCAAGAUGUUCGCCACGUUCUUGGGACUCCAGAGUGGCACUGUAUUCAUUUAUCAGNGACAGGAGCUCGGCAUGACCAACAUACCCGAGCACUGGAGCAUGGACGAGUUCAGAGACCUGGAGACACUGAAUCAUUGGAACGAGCUCUGUGAACUUCGCCCACACGAUAAGAACUUGCAGUCAGUCACCAAGAAACAGUACCACAUCAAGUCGCGAGACAAUGCACGUACGCCCAUGCAGUGGACAGCAGAUCGCCAUGCAGGCUUCACUACAGGCGAGCCUUGGUUCCGUGUCAAUGACACUUACAAUGCUUGCAAUGCCGAGUCGCAAGUUGGCGUACAAGGAAGCCCAUUCGAGUACUGGAGAAGCAUCCUUGGAUUGCGCAAACAGAUGUUGGAUGUCUUUGUGUAUGGCGACUUCCAGAUGGUGGAUACUAAGCAUGAGGACGUUUUUGCUUACAAACGAUCGUUUGGAGAACAGAGUGUGCUAGUUGUUUGCAACUUCCGACAGUAUGAUGUGGACUGGAAACUGUCGGCAGCGGCCAACGCGAAAACCCUCCUCGUCUCUAACUAUGGUGGCUUAGAUAUGCAUGAGGGAAUUGUCAGGUUGAGGCCUUUCGAAGCCUUUGCCGUUGCGCAAGGAUCAUCAGUUUCUUUGCCUCACCUUUGA